GCCGCGCAUCACCCCGGGUUUUUGAUACUUCACUGUACUGGAGGCACGGGGACAGGACUGGGGCCAGGUAGACCAUUUAAAGUUGCCAGACUGGUGGCUGUAAAUCAGUAGUUUAGACAGUAGAUACCGGUUUAGGGUCCGUUCAGAAAAAUUAGUAUACACUGCCAUGUUGAUUUAGCAUACAGUCCUACAUUUUCAAUUAGUAUAUGAUUAUUUCUUCAAGUGAUUAAAUGAGCGUCAGAUAAUCUUUUUGUUUACUUGGAGGAUAUCUCAAGCUAAAGGCACAAUUUAUCAGGAUAACUCUUUCACCAUUAUUAAGCAAGACUCAUUGACUACUACCAAGAUUUCGUAGCUUCCACGUUGCAGUUAAGAACUUCGACCAGAGACCCGGCUCAUCACAGCGGGAAGAAGAAACAAAGGCGAUCAACAGGAGAGCACCGGCUGGUGUCGCUACCGUUAUUGUAUCACAUUAGUUACAAAUAGUCUGAUUUAUCCAGACUCAAAAGAUAACUCGCUUUUCUGGACGACCAAAUAGACGAGCCGCUUAUUCACAAGAGGAGAAACUAGAAGUGUAAAUCGUAACCGAAAGUGACACAAUAUUGCAACAUCCAACUUGGGCUUCCAUUCUCGUCCAGUGUGGAUCAUAGUAGCCUACUCAACAGCCAAGAUGAGUGUGAACCUGACCUCCACCCCUGCCACCUCGGCUCCGCUUCUGUGUCUGAAGAGGGCGGGGCUUGAUGACCCCGAGCAAGAAGUACAGAAGCACAAGCGCCCCCGCCUGGCUCCUCCCCCUUGCACUGGCCUGGCUCCCUACCUCAGACCUCGCAGCCACAGCCCCGUCCCUCCGUGUGCUGACAGCCAUUGUGUGUCCAGCAUUGGCCCAUACAUCCUGCUGGAGCCCUGCGAGGGGGCGGAGACUUUCCGAGCCAUCCACAGAGUGACAGAACAGCAGUACACCUGCAAGGUGUUCCCUUUGCGCCGGUACCGGGAGGUCGUGACCCCGUACGCCUGCCUGCCGCCUCACGACAACAUCAGCCGCAUCUCGGAGGUCCUGGUUGGCCACGACCGGGCCUACCUGUUUUUCCAGAGGACGUACGGCGACAUGCACUCCUACGUCCGUACGUGUAAGCGCCUGCAGGAGGUCGAGGCAGUACGCCUGUUUGGCCAGAUGGUGGCAGCCGUGGCUCAUUGCCAUGCCAACGGCCUGGUGCUCAGAGACCUCAAGCUGCGCAAGUUUGUCUUCGCCGACCCCCAGAGGACUAAGCUGCUGCUCGUCAACCUGGAAGACUCCAGCCUUUUCCAUGGCGACGACGACUCUCUGACGGACAAGCAUGGUUGCCCCGCCUACGUGGGACCGGAGAUCCUGAUUGGUGGGCUUUACUCCGGGCGAGCGUCGGACGUGUGGAGCCUGGGUGUGUGUGUGUACACCAUGGUGGUCGGACGCUACCCCUUUCAAGACACAAAACCCGCCGCGCUCUUCACCAAGAUACAACGAGGGGCCUUUACACUUCCUGAUUGGUUGUCAGCUCAGGCCAGGUCGCUGAUUGGCUGCAUGCUCCGUAAAUCGCCCUCGGAGAGGCUGAAGGCCUCAGAACUGCUGCUGCACCCCUGGCUGACCAACACACACACACACCACCAGACAUUCACACCCCUCACUGCACAAACACAUUUGUCUCUCAACACACACUCACGGUCCAGGUCGUGCGCUGACCAGGUUGUUCCUACUUACACACCCUCCCCAUAACCCCCACACACACACAACCUAAUACCACACACACAGUCAUCCUAAUGACAACACAUAAAGCAGAAAUCCCUCACAGGGUAAGGUAACUAACCAGCCAUGGGGAUGUGUCAUUGCUUGUUGAACUAAUGAUUGGACCUAUACCUCGAACUGACAAACAGAAUCCUGGAAUACUUGAUGCAAAUUCUGUGCCUUUGUUGCAGUGUUGUUUACAUUCUACUUCUCUUUCUGGACUCAACCAAUAGAGUGCCUUGUUUUUCCCUUCCCUUUGCUGAUUCGACAACUACAGAGCUUAUCGUCACCAAAGACCUCCCACCACAAAAACCCUGCAGAUCACAGGAGAUCACUGUGUCAUGAUUAUAGGUUCUCACUGUUGAUCCUUUAGCCUUGGUUAGAUGACGUGGUGACCUGAUUGUUGCUGAAGAUUUCAGACUAACAGGAAACCGUGUCUGCGUUAAAAAAACCACACCAAUCUACACUGCAACAUACCACACUACACACUAAUGCACAUACUCGCACUGCCAGUGAUCAGUGGAAGUAUAUAUUUUGUUUGGUUUUUACCAUAAAAUAAUAAAAGUUAAACAAAAAACAAAGGUUUGGGGGGGUUUAUGGUUCAACUACUUUUUAUACACACAAGCCUGACUGCACGGUACAUGGUCAAGAAACACCUUUUAUUGUACAAGACCUUUAUUACACGUAAAACACACGGGUCAUGUGGACUACAGAUACACACUGCAGAUGAGUACAACCAAAACAUUCUCAGACUUUCCAGAGCUAGUCUGGUGUAAGCUGCCAUAGAUGAUACAAUCCCCAGCGCUAC